CCGUGCAUAGAUCGAUGGACGAAUUCGGCGGCUGGAGUAUGCAGUACGCGGCGGAGCCGUGCCUGCCAUGCCGCUCGAGCGACGAUGGCCUCCUCAGCGAAUUUCUAGGCGGCGGCUUCGACCUCCGUCCUGAUCAUGGCGGUCUCGAUCUGCCAUCGUGCCCGGUCCAGAACCUCAUGCAGUGCCACGACGGAGGGAGUCUGUCCGACGGCCCAUUCUCCAACAGUGUCAUGGGCCUGGACACGGCGGACGUGCUCCCGAGCGUCGUCGCCGGCGCAGCGGAAGACAGCCUCCUCGACCCGUUCGUGUACGCCCCGAACGUCGUCGCCGUCGCUGAGGAGCCCGCGCAGACUCCGGCGUCGAACACUGCCUUCUCCGGAUAUAGCGGCAGCACCACGGGCGGCGGCGGCAAUGGGAACAUCUCCUCCGGCGAAUCCAACACUUGCGGCAGCGGUGGCGGCUACGACACGGACGUGGCGUCGCCGUGCGCCGUGUCGCGGACAGCGCUGCUUCAGACAACGGCCGUCGUGCCUCCCUCGAAGCGCAAGCUGGGCAAGUACCCUGCGAUAGCCGCUUCGGGAACAAAGGCAGCAGCCGGGCAGCGUGGCGAGAAGCGAACCGCCGCGACGUCGUCGUCGUCGACCAGCAUCUCGUUCGCGGGGCGGGGCCAGUACGAGCAUGCCGCAGGAGGGCCCGCCGCCGGCGGGUACGAGCCGGACUCGGAGGCCAUAGCGCAGGUGAAGGAGAUGAUCUACCGCGCGGCGGCGAUGCGGCCGGUGCACCAGCUCGUCUGCGGGGCCGCCGAGCCGCCGUCCCAGACCAGGCCGCGGCGCAAGAACGUGCGCAUCUCGAGCGACCCGCAGACGGUGGCGGCGCGGCUGCGGCGGGAGAGGGUGAGCGAGCGCCUGCGCGUGCUGCAGCGGCUCGUGCCGGGCGGCAGCCGGAUGGACACGGCGUCCAUGCUCGACGAGGCGGCCAGCUACCUCAAGUUCCUCAAGUCGCAGCUCAAGGCGCUGGAGAGGGCAAACCCUAGCAACGGCAGCUUGCUGCAGAGCUACACGGGCGGCCUCGGUGGUGGCGCUACCAGCGCUGGCACCGUACUUGCCUUUGGAAGAGAGAGCGCCAUUGGUGGCUACGUGAAAUCCAACAGGGACAUAUCGACGUGUGGUUACGAGGAGCCGGUGCCAUGGGCCAAGUCCACCGCCAUCAAGGCGGUCCUGGAGGCGCUGGUCGACGAGGGGCUCUUGCUGCCGAACACCGAGUCAUUGCGGCUGGUGUGGAUCGCCCCGAGGCCGGAGGAGAGGGAGCCGAAGCCCCCGAGCGGCUACAUCAAAGUGGCGGACGAGGCCGCGACGAAGGAGGCUGUCAACGCCAUGCUCAUGGCGGCGCAGGCUGAAUACACUGAGCUAGAGCAGACCGCUGUGAGCGUGUGCCAGGAGCUCGAGGGGGACGGCGCCGUGUCAGCCUCGACGCACUAUAUCAUGGACCUCCAGAGGGUGUCGUCGGGAUACGUGGUCCCAAACGAUGCCAGCCCAGACACUGCGUCGGCCAUCAUGUACGACGCCGACGCCACUGUCGAGGGGUUCGCCACCGUCCUUGCCGGGAAACUUGAAGCCGACAUCCCCCCAUAG